AUGGAGGAGGUACUCCCGACACCGGCCCCAAGACGGGUCGACUCAUCGUCUUUCCAACAGCUAGAUAUUCCAACCAAUCCACGGCCAACUCUGCAAGCACACAUGCCAACACCCCACCCUCACACUCGCCAACCGAGAGUCGAACCUGAUCCACACAGACAUGUUGACGUCCAGUUCGAGCUGAGACGUGCCGGUCAAGGAACACGACCGACAGCGAGGCAGGACCCACCAGAUGAGUAUUACCAUCAAUUCAACACUCAUCGACAGUCCGUCCACUAUGAACAUCAAGGCCGUACACCCUCCCGUCUUGGAGACCACCAACGGACAAGAUUGCCUCCUCGCAACCCACCUCCAGCCCGUAAUCAACAAUGCUCUAACCAAAGGGAAAACGGAAGAUCACAAUCAGACCUAGAUGAAGAGGAACAAGUUAGAAGUUUCAUGAGUUCCAAGAAAGGGCGAUUCGUGCUGAGGAACGGAGAUGUGGUUGAAAACGGUAGACUCUUAAUCGCAGACGAAUCCAAAGAGAUGGAGAAAGGUCUAAACCAAAUGUCACCAGUGCUAACCCACUGGCUACGCACCUUCAAAUCGUAUAUCCCCCUCACGGCAUUCAACAAAAUCUUCCUUGCCGGCGACCAAGCAGAAUGGAGCCGCAGGAAAGCCCCAUCUGAGUCGAAGAUCGAGGACGGCAGCGCGUCACUAAGGGUCUACGGUGGCGCGCCACCGCCAGAUGAACUGCUAAUGCAAUUCGAAGAUUGGAUUGAUGUGAUGACGUUGUUCAUUAGAUACGUGACGGACGCAGGGUGGCAAACAUUACCCGAGCGAUUCGAAGGACACAGGAGAGUGGUGAUGGAAAUCCGCGAGCAUUACGGGUGGAUGAUCGCGUUGCGUUACUGCAUUAGGAUACGCCAGGGAGUGAUGCGGGACACAAUUGACGGAAAAAUCAAGAAUUUCAGUCACCUACAGUCAGCCAUCUUUGAAGAAGUCAAGAUUAUCGCAGACUCAAGACAAGAGAGAGCUUACAGGACGAACCCUUACGUCGAGAACGGCCCGCUAUCCCACAUGAACCCGAUGACGGGCCUUGCCAAGCCUUCCGCACUCCCAUCAUCCAAACGAACCGCGGCAGAGACGUUUCCAGCGAAGACGGUGAAGGCAGAACCUACAUCAGGGGACUGGAUCCCAUCCGCAAAGUGGCGAACCAUGUCAAAGGACGAGAAAACGGCAGCGAAGAGAGACCAGCAGAGAAGCUCACGAAGACGCGAUGAUGAUAGAGGUCGGGAGAAGGACCGUUAUUACGAAAGAUCAGAUUACUGUGAUCGGGGUAAAGAUUACCAAAAAAGGUCUCCUUCAAGGAGUCGUAGCCCCCGUGGAGGGAGAGGAAAGGGUAGAAACCGUAGAUCGUAA